GAGAGAGUGUUUACAUGAAUUAGGUAGGCGUCUCCCGCUGUAUUUCAGGAUUACAAGAGGCCACGAGGAGCCACCUCUGGAAAGCUGUUGCUUUCCUCUUUCCUCGAGCGUUGCACAACAGAGGAAACUUAAGGGCGUCCCCCAGAAGUUUUUAGUGAGUUCUCGUAAACGCCAUGUUGUGGAACCGUUUCUUCGGAUUUCUCUGUCGCCCGAAUGUGCACCAACUUUGAAGGCUUGCGUUGAUCGCCAAGUCGCCUUUGCAAGAGAGAAGAGUGCCUUUACUUUCUUUGCCUGCCACCUUAAGAGCGUCCGGGGACUCGGCAAAAACUUGAGCACGUUAGAUGUGUUGUGUUUUUUUUUUCUGUCCGGGGAGGGAGAGUUGCUCAGAGUGGAGGAAGGAAAAAAAAACCCACCGACCUCCAGGAAAUGAGUAAGCUAGAAGUAUCGGUAGUAACGCUCGCUUCGUAACCAAAAAGCGAACAGGCGUGUGGGAUGCUCAGAGAAAAGAAGAGGACCUCUCUCUGAGCCCUUUGAGCGCCGAACAAAUCGGCACUAAUAAAAGACUUUUUUUAAAAAAAACUGAUGCGGAAACAGGCACAGAGAUCUACUUAGCCGAAGAAGUUUGUUGCAGGACGCAGGUCGUGGUCCUCCCAUGUGAACCAUGUAACACCAAAUGCACAGAAAUGUAAUACUGCGCUGUUGAGGUUCUUCUACACUAAAGGUGGACAAUAUGUAUUGCAAGAUUUUGCCAUGCCAGCAGGAAUCUUCAGAGUAUGCCUGGUGGUUAUCACAGCUAUUGUCAACCAUCCACUUCUCUUCCCAAAGGAAAAUGCCACUGUCAUUGAAAACACAGAAGAAGUAAUCCAGAAGAUGAAGGAACGUGAGGAGAACCUGAGGAUAGAGCAGCUUAAACUGGAGCAGGAGAUUGCAGCUCAAGAAGCUUUGACAAAGUCAUCAGAAAAGGCUAGAGGGCCAGAAGAGCAACACAGCCAUGAUUCCCUUUCUUGGAAUUUUUGGAGUGCUUUAUCCAUGGUGGUUUUCCUUUUGAUUGAAUUCUGGAGGCAAGACUACCAGGAGGGGAACUGGCAGGAUUAUGCCAAUGAAGAUGAUGACAUUAGUAUUCUGGGAAGAGCAUUCAAGGGAAUCGUUUUGCCAGACAAGGCUGCAUUGGCCAAUUUCUAUGAGAGGUGCCUCCAGACUGUGACGAGUGAUAUCGCCAGGAAUCGAGAACUUGUGGAAGGCUUUGCAGAUGACCUGUUGGAAGCACUGAGGAGUGUGUGUAAUCGGGAUGCAGACAUGGAAGUGGAGGAAUCAAUAGGAAUUGGAAGCAUGUAUGAAAAUUGGAGAGCUCACAAGCCCUUAUCAUGUGACUUCAUUGUCCCCUUUACUCCUCCAGAACCGUACUCUUUCCAGUUUGAGACAUGGUGUUCGGGAGAAUCUGUUCCACCAGACAAACAAGGUUCUGGUGUGAUCAAGAUUGGUCGGGCAGAUGAGAACUCCACAGGCUGUAUCUGUGACAAGACUAAGCUUGGGGAAGACUUGCUGUGCCUCCUUCACAGCAGAAUGAACCAGCCUGGACACAAUAACCAUAUGGAGGCUCUCCUUUGCUACAAAGAUACCAGAUACCUUGAUUCUGAGCAGGUUAUGGCAUGGUUCCAGGUCGCACUUACCAAGGCAUGGAAUAAAAUUUCACACAAGUAUGAAUUCAACCUCACUUUCAGCAACCUUGCAGUUCCUGGUGCCCUCAAAAUUAAGUUUAGGUCAGGAAAGACCAUUGUCUUCAACCUCACGCCUGUGGUACAAUAUGCUGAUUCGGAUGUGUAUUUCAUCUCCUGUUUUCCAAGAAGUAGCCCGACAGAUGGCUACCCUUGCAGUAUUCACUGGUUUCUCACCUUUGCAGUAUGUGAAAAGAGAUACAUUCAGUUUGUCUCCAAAAUGCUGCCUGCCAACUCCUGCCAUCUCAGCUGCCUACAGAUUCUAUCCUUCCUUCAUGAGAAGCAAUGCAGUCUAACAGGACCCGGUAGCCUUACAAAUUAUCACCUGAAAACAGUGAUGCUGCAUUUGCUACAGACCCAUCCCAGUUCAGACUGGGCUUCUAAAUUCCUAGGGGCCAGACUGCAAGACAUGCUCAAAUUUUUGGAGAAAAGCUUGCAGGAAAAGAGGCUUUAUCACUUUUUCAUUGGCAACAGGAACUUGCCAGAGGAACUGGAUAUCCCUGUAGAGUUCCAAAGAGCAGAACCUCUGAACCUUUUCCGUCCCUUUGUCUUGCAACGCAGUGCUUACAGAAAAACUAUGGAUAUGUUUCAUGAGAUGCUAAAGAACACAGCAGCUUUAAUAAAUGAAUAUACCAUGCAUGUUCCCAAUGGACGGACUAUCCCACUGAAUAAAGAACCUCUGCAGCCAUAUCUGACAACUACAGCAUGAACAGAUUUCCUUGCAGGAGUGAAACUUGCUAUAUGCUCAGGGGUUUGCAAAUGACUCUGAAGAUUGGUAGAGGAGAGAUACUUUUAUCACUUUUUUCCAAUAAUGUUGGCUGAUAUGUAUUCAGUUUUUAAUGUUUCUUAUCGCUGAAGUCCUGUUGUGCUGCUAUUUAAAAGGUAUAUCUUUUGAAGGCAAAUUGACUCAAAUUAAGAAUUAUUUGUAGACAUUACCUGUUAUAUACUGAGUUGUACAACUUGGCAUCUAUGGCGUGCAAUAAUGUCUGUGGAGAUUUUUUGAGAUAGUUCAACUCCAAAGGUUGCAGCUCUUGUGUGGCAACACAACAGGAUUGUAGUCACUGUGUAUAACUUUGUUGUGAAUAGUAUAAGCAACAAAAAAGGAAUCUAAUUUAUUUGUAUUGAUACAUUACAGUUCUUGGUAUUUGGUAGAA